AUGCUGGCAGCGCCCGCGCACGGUCACAGCGCCCUCGGGCGCCGGCCUCCGCCUCCGCCUGGCGCGUCAGGCCGCUCGCGACGCCCCCCGCCGCCCAGCACUCGAGCCCAAGCUAGCCCCGGCGACCCGGACGGCUACGACGAGCCGGAGCGGCUCCGUGCGCACCGUCAGCUCGUGGACACUGCAGCGUCGCUGCUGCGCUCGCGCGGGCCCGCGGGGACCCCCGACGCGCCCUGGACGAUCGGCACGCAGGUCAACGAGCGCCACACGAAGUGGGAGAACCUCAACCGCGACCGCCUCAUCAUGCGGCUCGGUGCCCUGCCCGCCAGCGCGCUCGGACCCUACGCCGCCGCGGGGGGGGCCGCCGCGCUCUGGGAGGCCGGCUACGACGCUCUCGUCGCCGUCGUGCCCGACAUCGCCACGCGGAUCUACACCAUGGAGCCCGUCACGAUCGCGGCGCUCCUGCGCGACCCCGGCCGCGCCGCCACGGCGCUGCUGGCCCUGCGCAGCGCCCUCCCGGCGCCGGCCGACGCGUCCGACGUGGCGUGCGCGUACCCCGAGCUGCUCCUGAUGGACGCCGCGGCCGUGGCUGCGCGCGUCGACGCAGCGCGCGACGCCAUCGGGCUCCCUGACGCGGCGUUCGGGCGCGUGGUGGCGGCGUCACCGCAGGUGGUGCUGCGCCCGGAGCGGCUCCGGUCGGCGCUGGCGUCCCUCGAGCGGAUGUUCGAGGGGGCGAAGCACGGCGAGGAGAUGGGGCGGACGCUCCUGCACCGCAACCCGGGCAUGUUGACGUCGCUGGAGAGCGUGGGGGGCUCCGACGCGGUGGACCCGUCGACGGGGGCGCGACAGGACUGA